UGCCUGGCGAGACACAUGGAUAACUCUAAAGUAAGCCAGCGGAUCCACGUGAGAGCGCCAGGAGGCGGGACCACUCAGCCACAGCGUGGUGUACAGCCAACCUUGGAGACCGGAACACGACUCAGUUUAGAUGACUGUGCGUUGUGGAUGCAGAAUCUGAGGGGAAAGCUGGCCUUGGGGCUUUUUACAUCUCACAGCGUUUUACCCCAAUCACAUAUUCACACAAGUGCUUCUCUUGAAAUAUCUCGAAAAUGGGAGAAGAAGAAUAAAAUUGUUUAUCCUCCACAACUGCCUGGAGAACCUCGGAGACCAGCUGAAAUCUACCAUUGUCGAAGACAAAUAAAGUACAGCAAAGACAAGAUGUGGUAUUUGGCAAAAUUGAUACGAGGAAUGUCCAUUGACCAGGCUCUGGCUCAGUUGCAAUUCAGUGACAAAAAAGGGGCCCAGAUAAUUAAAGAGGUUCUCUUAGAAGCACAAGAUAUGGCAGUGAGAGACCACAAUGUGGAAUUCAGAUCCAAUUUAUAUAUAGCUCAGUCCACCUCAGGGCGAGGCCAGUACCUGAAACGCAUCCGAUACCACGGCAGAGGUCGCUUUGGGAUAAUGGAGAAGGUUUUUUGCCAUUAUUUUGUGAAGUUGGUGGAAGGCCCUCCACCUCCACCUGAGGCACCAAAGACAGCAGUCACCCACGCCAAAGAGUAUAUCCAGGAGCUUCGCAACCGGACCAUCAUUCACACUCUAUGAUGGGGGUAUUAAGACUCCACAGUGUAUAUAUUUUACCAUUUAUUUCCUAAAACCAACAAAAAUUAAAGACAGAUGCUUUUUGUG